AUUAAUUAUAUUCCACACCAAAAUUUUAAAUUCUAAACUUUUAUUGCUCCUAAUACUCUCCCUAAUAUAUCAAUGUAGUAACAGGUUUGAAUGUCAACUAGCUUUGUUGAUUUUAGACUUUUAGGUUUGUUGAUUUUAGUCUUUUAGGUUUGGGGUGUGCGAGAUCGAAUCCCAUCACAUAGCCAUUCGUGUCCCCCUAUGUUACUUCGACAUUCUAGUUGAAGGAGGGCGUAGGUGUAGGAUCCUCCUAUCCUUCGACACAACAUGACACCCAAAUAUAUAGUGACUUUGUAUGAAAUGUAUUAUAUCUAGACUGUCAGAGGAGUGACGGAUCCUCUGAUUCCUUGUCGGACAUAACACCCAAAUAAGAGUCCGAGCAAGUAGAUGUCUCUCAUAUCAAUAAGAAAAUUUUGUUUCUUUUUUAUGAAUUAAGGAGUAUUUAAAUAGCCUCUACUUUUGGGGGGGUGUGUGUUACGGAGAAUAUAACUACUCACUAGGACCAACUGCUGCUUGAUGAAAUUAAGUACGGAGAUGAGACAUAUAAUAAGAUGGAAGGUCUCCACUAUCUACCCAAACUGCGGCAAGGCUGAUCUAUUUUAAUUAAGUCUACAUAAGCCUUGUUGCAUAGUAUUACUUGUAUAGAAUAAUGGCAAUUUGCAUAGACUUUUGUAGAUUAGUGCUUUUUGCUUCGCUGGCGUAUGUUCUCCAAACUCCAGAUCUUCUUUAGUCUACCCAAAUCGUAUAAUAAAAUUACAGAAGACGACUUUGGCGCUGCUAGUUUUGACUCUUGCUGCAGCCUUAAAAUAUAGGUGAUCAGGGAUGUGAAGACCUUAAUGAAGUUCAAGUUUCAACAUACAAUCUAUUCAUAGGAAACAAAGCUCAAAAAUGUUGAAAUGGGGAAAUAUUGUUGUUGCUGUGAUGUGGGUGAUACUAGCUAUAUUAUGUCUCCAAAUUAUUGUGGGUUUUCCAUUAGCAGCAGCAUCUAAUGUUCCCUCACAGAUAGAGAUAGCCCUUUCCAAUUGCCCCGAUAAGUGUGGCAAUAUCACCAUCCCAUACCCAUUUGGCAUAGGGGAUAAAUGUCAUUACAAUAACCCGAUAGAUGGUAUUUACUUCAAGCUCACUUGUGACAAUAGUACAGAGCCUCCAACUCUAAUUAAUGAUGCCAAUUUAGAGGUUGUAAGCAUAACUUUAGAAGGCGAAUUCAGGGUACUUCACUAUGUUUCAUUUAGCUGCUAUGACAAAGAUGGCGAGGUUCAUUUUGUAUCUAAGAUCGAUUUGUUAAGAAGAUUUACUAUAUCGCCCACACAAAACUCUCUUGUUGCCAUUGGUUGCGACACUUAUGCAUGGUUUGGUGGUACAGGAAUCACUAAUGCUACACUCUUCAAUUCUGGAUGCAUGACUCUAUGUAAUAAAGCACAAAAAGAUCUUUUGGGGAAUAAGUGCUCCGGUAUUGGUUGUUGUAUGGGUUUCAUCCCAGAUAGCGUGAACAAUAUUAGCAUUGAGGCCAAGAGUUAUCAUAAUCACCAGAAUGUGUUAGAUUUCAAUCCAUGCAGUGUUGCAUUUUUGGUUGCAAAUGAUGCAAUGCCCUCUUCUCUUGGGGAUUUUCUAACCCAUAAUGCCACAUAUUUCAAGAACUUGCGGCUUCCAGUGGCUCACCAUUGGACAGUUGGAACAAAAGAUUGUGAAGCUGCAAAAUCAUCAGGGGAGUUCAUAUGCAAGAGAAAUAGCGCGUGCCGUAACUUGUCAUACCAAAGGGGAUACCACUGCCAAUGCAACCCCGGUUUCCAGGGUAACCCCUACCUUCAUGAUUGCCAGGAUAUUGAUGAAUGCACGCAAGGAAAUCACAAUUUUUGUAAAGAGCCAGCAUAUUGCGUCAACACUGUUGGAAGCUAUGAAUGCUUAUGCCCACAAGGCUACAUCGGAAAUGGCACGGCGAAUUAUCCGUGUAUUCUUGAUCCUAAUAGUGCUCAUCGUAGCCAAUAUAAAUUGUUGGUAGGACUCAGCGUGACCUUAGGAUCAGUACUUUCCUUUCUUGUUGGGUUGUGGUUAUAUUCAGUAAUCAAAAGAAGACAAGCUGUCAGGCAAAGAGCUAAACACUUUCAGAGGAAUGGGGGUCUGUUGCUGCAACAAGAAGUGUCUACCGAUGAAGUUGUAGCAAGAAUGAAAAUAUUCACGAUCGUUGAGCUAGAGAAAGCUACUGAUCACUUUAAUGAGGAUAGAAUACUUGGACAAGGAGGCCGUGGUACUGUAUAUAAAGGGAUGUUAGGUGAAGGAAGAAUUGUUGCCAUAAAGAAGUCUAAAAUAGUGGAGGGAGAGAACCAAGUGACAGAGUUCAUCAAUGAAAUGGUGAUUUUAUCACGAAUAAAUCAUCGGAAUAUAGUGAAGUUGUUGGGGUGUUGUUUGGAGACGGAAGUCCCAUUACUAGUGUACGAGUUUAUCCCCAAUGGAACACUUUUUCGUCAUAUUCAUAACCCAUGUGAAGAGUUUCCCAUCACUUGGAAAUUGAGGUUACAAAUUGCUUCUGAUUCAGCUGGAGCACUUGCUUAUUUACACUCUUCCUCUUCUAUUCCCAUCUUUCACAGGGACAUCAAAUCUUCCAACAUAUUGUUAGACGACAUGUACAGGGCAAAGUUAUCAGAUUUUGGGACUUCAAGAUUUGUGGCUAUUAAUAGAACCCAUGUAACUACACGUGUUAUGGGAACUUUUGGUUAUCUAGAUCCCGAAUACUUCCGAUCCAGUCAAUUUACCGAAAAGAGUGAUGUUUAUAGUUUCGGUGUUGUCCUUGUUGAGCUUCUGACAGGACAAAAGGCAAUACGUGCUACGUUGGAGGACUUGGAACAAGAUAGAAGUUUGGCAUCAUGGUUUGUUACCCACAUGGAAAACUCUAGCCUCCUUGAUAUUGUAGAUUCUCAUAUCCUACAAGAGGCUUCGAAGGAAGAGUUUCACACAAUUGCUAAUCUCGCAUUGCGGUGUUUAAACUUGGAUGGCAAGAGAAGACCGGGAAUGAAAGAAGUGUUGUUAGAGAUAGAAAUGGUCUUGUCACUUCAUUUACCUCAAAUGGUUGAACCAAAGAAGCAAGAAUUUGAACAAGUGUUUACUGGGACAAUGAAAAGUUCACACUACGAUUGUAUUUCAAGUUCGUGCACGUUUUCUUUGGAAGUGUUUGGUGGUUCUGGAGAUGAUGCUGCGAAAUAUCAAAGGGCUGGUUGCAUUGCCAUGUGCAACAACCGAGCUGAGCCUGUAGCAGGUUCUUGUCCAGGAUUGGGAUGCUGCCAGACGUCUCUCCCACUUGGCUGGAAUUGGCAAGGGUUCUCAAUUACUCUAUUCAGUGUGGAAGAUGGUCAACUAACGACAAUAGGCAAAAGUUUAUCUGAUCAGUCUUGUAGUUAUGCUUUCUAUGCUAAAAGUGGCAGCUUCAUCUUCGGCGGGGCUUCUGAUUUAGUGACUAAUAAUACCGAUGAUGUGCGUAACAGAAUUAUGGAACAAGUUCCUAUGGUGCUCGAUUGGAACGUACAACUAAAGAUUUCUUGCAACCAAGUGAAGAUAAAUUCAACUAGUAAUCCAUAUCUUUGUCAGUCAAAUACCAAAUGUGUUGAUACUGCUGAGGGAGGAUAUCGAUGCAGCUGUCUCCCGGGCUACGAGGGAAAUCCUUAUCUUCAACCUGGUUGCACAGACAUCAAUGAGUGUGUUUCUGGUCCAAACAAUCCAUGUUACAUGACUUGUGUUAACACUCCGGGGAGUUACAAAUGCUCCUGUGCUCGUGGAUAUGUUGGUGACGGAUUAAAAUCUGGGACCCGUUGCAUAUUUGUUAACAAGAGGGCGGCAAACCUCAUAAGAAUAACUCUUGGACUAGGCUCAUCCUUGGGAGUAAUAGUUCUACUCCUUGUUGCUUGGUGGUUUUCUACUAUAAUCAAAAGGAGAAAGAUUAUGAAGCAAAAGGUUAAAUACUUUAAGCAAAAUGGCGGGUUACUAUUACAAGAACAAAUGGCUACCGAUGACAGUGUCGUGGCAGCAAUCAAAAUGUUCACCAUUGAUGAGUUAGAAAAAGCCACUGACCAUUUCAAUCAAGAUAGAAUUCUCGGAAGAGGAGGUCAGGGAACCGUUUAUAAAGGAAUGCUGAGUACAGGAAGAAUCGUUGCCAUAAAACUGUGUAAAGUGGUUGAUGAAGUUGGAGAUUUUGUCAACGAAGUGCUCAUCUUAUCAAAAAUCAACCACAGGAGUAUAGUGAAGUUAUUAGGGUGUUGUUUGGAAAACGAAGCCCCGUUGCAAGUUUUCGAGUUUAUCCCCAACGGGACGCUCGAUCAUCAUAUUCAUAGUCCAAGUGCCGAAUUUCAAAUCACUUGGAAAAUGCGGUUGCAAAUUGCUUCUGAUACAGCCGGAGCCCUUACUUAUCUACAUUCAUCUUCUUCUAUUCCUAUUUUCCAUAGAGACAUUAAAUCUUCCAACAUAUUGUUGGAUGAUACGUACCGGGCUAAGUUAUCGGACUUUGGGACAUCGAAAACAGUUGGUAUUGAUCAAACCCAUGUAACUACACCUCAAGUUAUGGGAACAUUUGGUUAUAUGGAUCCGGAAUACCAUUUAUUAGGUCAGUAUACUGAGAAAAGUGAUGUUUAUAGUUUUGGUGUUGUUCUUGUUGAGCUUUUAACAGGACAAAAGGCAGUACGAAGUGCACUUGAAGAAGAGAAAAGCUUGGCAUCAUGGUUUCUUUCUCAUAUGAAGAACCCUCGUUUGCUCGAUAUUAUAGAUUCUCGGGUCUUACAAGAGGAUUCGAAAGAAGAAUUCCUGAUUAUUGCUGAAAUUGCAGAGAAAUGUUUGAACCAGGACAGAAACAGUAGACCCACCAUGAAAGAAGUUCUACUUGAGAUCGAAGCAGUUUUGUCACUUCAUUUGCCACAAGCCAACGAACAAAACUGGCCAAAAUCAGAGCAGAUUUUCAGUGGAUCAAUAAGUGAUGGUGUUGUUUCAAGUUCUACCGCGUUUUACUUGGAAAAUAGCUCUUUGAGUUCUGCUGAAGUAUCCUUGUUAUUCAACUCUAGGUGAUUCAGUUCAACUUGUGCAUUAUGUUCCUGUAAAAGCAAACUCUUGCAACUUGUAAAAGGCAGGCCUGGCCCGGCCCGACCCAGCCCUGAGGGGUGAAUGGAAGGGCGGCCUCCCAUGGCCCCCGAAGUAAAAGGGCCAGAAAUUAUACAAGCCAAGUUAUAAGUAAUAUACAUGAAAAACCGAGACAUUACGGUCAAAGGACCAACUCGAAGCCCCAAGAUUAGGUUUAUACUCUAUCACGCCCAUUCACAUGAAAGCCCUUUGGGCUUGAAGUGUGGAUGCAGCAUAGACCUCUUCAUACCCAGCGCGAAAUAUACCCCUUAGGGGUAAGUGAGAUUUGAACCCAUGACAUUUGCGUCACGUUGGCUCUAAUACCAUGUCAAAGGACCAACUCAACCAUAAGCUUAAGCUGAUGGUUGAAGCUCUAAGAUUAGUUUUAUACUCUAUCAAUUACACAUAAAACGUUGGUGGCCUAGUUAGUUGAGUACCAUUUACUUUUUGGCAUGGAGUACGGGUUCGAUCCGCAACGCUUGGAAGUUUUACUCAUUCUGUUAUUUAACUUGAUUUUCUACACUCUCCCCUUUAGUAGAUUUUUAGUUCUGAUUUUCUUUGUUUCUUUUGAUAUCUACUCGUAAGAGCUCUAGGAUAGAGAGGUACGACCUAUAGAAUUGUUCCUGUACAAGUGUGGUCGUUUUGAUAUCUACUCGUAUCAACUUCUUAUUUAAUUAUACUUCCUUUUUAUGGGUUCUCUAAAUUAUUAUUAGAA